AUGGGCUCCUUGAAUAUUCAGGAGGUCUACAGUGAGAUCCUCCAUGACAUCAGCACCCUCUUCCCUUUCUUCAAGGGGGAUUAUCAAGGAUGGAAGGACUCUGUUCGACACAACCUCUCCUCCAAUGAUUGCUUUCGAAAGGUCCUGAAAGAUCCACUGAAGCCGCAGGCUAAAGGCAACUAUUGGACGGUGGAUGUGAGCCGGAUUCCCGCCGAAGCCAUGAAGCUGCAGAAUACAGCGGUCACCCGGCAGGAAGCCUACCCUCAUGACCUGGCUUCUUAUAUCCUACAUGGACAGCCUUACAGACCUUUAGAUUUUCAUAACCCUCAUCUUUCAAAUGAAAAUACUGAAGUCAGAGGAGAAGCAGAGGCUCAGUCCCCAGUACCAACCCAGUCCCCAAGUGUACAUCCCGCCUCAAUGUUCCCAAUGAUCUUGUGGAACCUUCCAACAUCUUACUCAAAAUGCGUGGCCCCUAAUGCGGUGGCCCCUCCCAGCAUACACCCUCUCCUGCUUUAUUCCAACUUCCCCUCACUCUCUCUUUGUAACUACAUGUCUUCCCCAUACUCAAGCUCCACCUAUGCGGAUCUGAGACCUCAAAUGUCUCCCGUGUCUAGACCCUCUGAAGCCAGGAAUUCCCUGUCAGAUUUCCCUCCCAAUACAACGGUCUUUGACGUCCCCAUGUGUUCCCCACACGGGGGCUACAUGUCACCUCAAAACAUGUAUGGGCAGCAUUUAUCUGAAGUUGGCAUGUAUGGGCAGCAUUUAUCUCCAGGUGGGGCGUAUCCAGGGUACAGACCCAAUAGUUACUGAUUGGUCGGGGGUUGAGACAAGGCUGGUUCUGGGCUGUUCACUUUUGUUCCAAGGACUAGCCGCACUUGAAGCCUUACCCAAUGACGUUAGCAGGCACACAACUCGGCAUGUGGCUCAACAGAGGUGGCACCAAAAAAGACAUACAGUCCAAAGGCAUUGGACCACAUGUAUAUAUCACAAUCAUUUUGUAUCUUGCAUAUCUGUAUUCGCUUCAAAUACAUUUGAAUAUUUUUUUUACUGAA